AUGACAAGUGAGCUGGACAACAGUUCGGUUUCAGAGCGAAUCGCGAAGCUAUACUUAAAUAGUGAUUUGGCCGACAUUCGAUUCGAGUUCGAUAAUUAUGGAAAGACUGAGUUUGUACCAGCGCAUAAAUUUGUUUUAGCGAUAGCGAGUCCCGUGUUUCGUGCUUGGUUUUUUGGGUAUGGCGAAGAAAACGACCUAGUCACAAAAGUUGGGAAAUCAGUGAAAAUUGUUGAUGCAAGUGCUGAAGCGUUCAAGGAAUUUCUACAAUUUUUUUACCUACCAAAAGUGACUCUAACAAUGGAACACAUUGAAGAGGUCGCUCUUCUGGCCGACAAGUAUGAUAUGCUUGACAGUGUCGACACAUGUGCAACCUUCCUAAUUGGUCAACUACAACCGGAUAAUAUUGACUGGGGCUAUCAACUGGCCAUCACAAUUCAGCAUGACAAGUUAAAAGCGUUCUUUGAGGAAUAUAUUAAGUUUUUCGCAAAAGAUUUCUUCAAAUCGGAGUGGUUUCUCAAUUGUGAUAGAAUUUUUUUGGAAAAUGUAUUGCAAAUGGACGAUUUACAGUGCGACGAGACUGACGUAGUUGAUGCAAGUUUAGCUUGGGCACGGCACAAUUGCAAGGAAAAAGGUUUGGAUGAAAACGAAAUGGAAAAUUUGAGAAAGCAACUGGGCGAUUGUUUCUAUUUGAUCCGGUUCUUCGCAAUGGACAUAAAAACGUUCUCCCCUUGCACGGAACCAAAUAUUGAUAAGAAAAACAAUUAG